GUUCACAACACUCUUUUUUCUUCAUUUAUUUUCAACCAAACUUUCAUUUUGAUCGUUUUGCUGUUGUGGCUGAGGAGCUUCUAUAUAUCUGAUAAGAAGUUGCAUUGCUUUGCACAAAAGUUAUGCAGAUAUGGCCAACACCUACAAGCCAAAGAACAUUCUCAUCACAGGGGCAGCAGGGUUCAUUGCAUCUCAUGUCUGCAACAGAAUAGUCCGGAACUAUCCUGACUACAAAAUCGUUGUCCUAGACAAGCUCGAUUACUGUUCAAAUUUGAAGAACCUGAUGCCCUCACGUCCAUCUCCAAAUUUCAAGUUCAUAAAGGGAGACAUCGGUAGUGCUGACUUGGUCAACUACAUUCUCCUCACCGAGUCUAUUGACACCAUCAUGCACUUUGCAGCACAAACCCAUGUGGACAACUCCUUUGGAAACAGUUUUGAGUUCACCCAGAACAACAUUUAUGGCACACAUGUGUUGCUGGAGGCUUGCAAAGUCUCUGGUGGCCAAGUGAAGAGGUUCAUCCAUGUGAGCACUGAUGAGGUUUAUGGGGAGACAGAUGAGGAUGCAGUUGUGGGAAACCAUGAGGCUUCUCAGCUGUUACCUACCAAUCCAUAUUCUGCCACAAAAGCUGGUGCUGAAAUGCUUGUCAUGGCAUAUGGUAGGUCAUAUGGCUUGCCUGUUAUAACCACAAGAGGGAACAAUGUUUAUGGGCCUAAUCAGUUUCCUGAGAAGUUGAUUCCAAAGUUCUUGCUCCUGGCCAUGAAAGGAAGGAUUCUUCCAAUUCAUGGGGAUGGCUCCAAUGUCAGGAGUUAUCUCUAUUGUGAAGAUGUGGCUGAGGCAUUUGAGAUUAUUCUCCAUAGGGGUGAGGUGGGACAUGUUUAUAACAUAGGGACAAAGAAAGAGAGGAGGGUGAUUGAUGUGGCAAGAGACAUAUGCAGGCUUUUCAAAUUGGAUCCUGACACCCAUGUUAAGUUUGUGGAGAAUAGGCCUUUCAAUGAUCAAAGGUACUUCUUGGAUGAUGAAAAGCUGAAGAAUUUGGGGUGGUAUGAGAGCACUACUUGGGAAGAGGGCCUAAAGAAAACCUUGAGUUGGUAUCUGAAGAAUCCUGAUUGGUGGGGUGAUGUUUCUGGUGCUUUGCUUCCUCAUCCAAGAAUGCUCACUAUGCCAGGAGUUGAGAAGUACUAUGAUAGCACAGAAAUGAGCAAAAAUGAUUCCAAUGUCGAUGCAAACCAUGCCAACCAGAACAAAAUGGUUGUUCCAACUAUAAGAAGCAAUGUGUCACCACGAAAGCAAUCUCUGAAGUUCUUGAUCUAUGGUGGUGCAGGGUGGAUUGGGGGGCUUGUAGGAAAUAUUUGCGAGAAGCAAGGGAUACCCUUUGAAUAUGGCAAAGCACGUCUAGAUGAAGGAUCUCAAUCACAAAUAUUGGCUGACAUAAACACCAGUAAACCAACUCAUGUUUUCAAUGCUUCUGGGGUGACAGGAGCACUGAAUUUGAAAUGGGUUGAAGCUCAUAAACCAGAAGCCAUACGAGCAAAUGUUGUUGGUGUGUUAACAUUGGCACAUGUUUGCAAAGACCAUGGUCUCCCCAUGAUGAAUUAUGCCUUUGGUGGUAAUUUGGAAGACACAAAAAACUCCAAUGAUGCUUUCUAUUUCAGAAUUCAAGCCAAGGUUGAAGAGUUGCUAAAGGAAUAUGACAAUGUGUGCACCCUAAGAAUCCAAUUGCCAGUGACAUCUGAUCUCAGAAACCCACAUAACUUCAUCAGUAAGAUAACAAGUUCCGAUAAAGUGGCCAACAUGCCAAACAGCAUCACUGUUUUGGAUGAACUUGUGCCCAUUUCAAUUGAGAUGGCCAAAAGGAAUUGCAGGGGCAUUUGGAACUUCGCAAACCCUGGUAUUGUGACCUGCAAUGAGAUUCUUGAGAUGUACAAGGAAUAUAUUGAUCCUAGUUUUAAAUGGGUUAAUUUUACACUUGAACGACAGGGUCAAUUCCCUUCUCCGAGUACUAAUGAAAUGGAUGCAUCAGAAUUGCAGAAGGAAUUUCCUGAGCUUUUGCCUGUAAGGGAUUCAUUGCUCAAAUAUGUCUUUGAGCCAAAAAGGAAAACUUUGGGUUAUCAAGUGGCAUAAUUAACUAUAAAUAAAUGUAUACACGUCUAUCCAUUUAUUCUCCACUUUUUGCUACUAUGCUAUGAAUUAGUUUCUUAUAAUCAUACUAUUGAAUUUCUCAUUU